AUGAACUUCCUACAGGAUGUUCGCAAGCGACUACCCACAGCGCAAAGGAUGCCUUCAUACGACGAUUUGUCCAAGAGUGCAGAGAAGAUGACCCCGAGGUUAGCCUUCUUCCGCAGACGCAUACGCCUAAGAGAGAACUCGCGCAUCUCAAUACCUCUGGGCCUGGUCCUGCUGUUCCCCUGCUUGAUUGUAAUAUUAAUACUGCUGCUCUUCGUGCGGCACCCUACCGAGGCCGGCAGGAUACUCAUGCCCGCUGGCGCUCCCCCCUCCAUCAGAAAAAUCAGUGAGAAGCACGAUAAGGUCUUCGUCACAGGUUGUCAAGACCCUGCCCUCGAGACCAACCAACCGCGCGCCAACGCAGCUUUCGUCGUCCUCGCUCGCAACAAGGAACUCGAGGGUGUGAUUCAGUCACUCAAGUCGGUUGAAAGACAUUUCAACAGAUGGUUCCACUACCCAUACGUCUUCCUGAACGAUGGCGACUUCAACUCGACCUUCAAAGACGAGGUCCGUAAGCACGUCAGCGCGAAUGUUGAAUUCGGCAAGAUCGAUUCCACCAUGUGGGGCUUCCCUGACUGGGUCGACCACAACGUGGCCAAGGAGGGCAUCAGAAAACAGGGUGAUGCCGCCAUCAUGUACGGUGGUAUGGAGAGUUAUCACCACAUGUGUAGAUUCUACUCCGGCUUCUUCUACAAGCACGAACUUCUACAGAAGUACGACUGGUACUGGCGUGUUGAGCCCGAGAUCAAGUACUUCUGCGACAUCACCUACGAUCCUUUCAUCCAUAUGGAGCGCAACAACAAGACCUAUGGAUUUACUAUUGCAGUCAAGGAGCUCAAGGAGACUGUGCCCAAUAUCUUCAGAUAUGCCUCGGCCUACAAGCGAGUUAACAACAUCACCUCGACUGGUCUCUGGGAGAUGUUCCUGGAGCCAAAGCCUGAGAAGCCGGCAGCCGAAUUGCCUAAGGACGACCCUAAGUACAAGAAGCCUCUCCCUGAAGACAUUCUCAAGACAGAACCUGGCGCUGGCACUAUCCCCGAUGUAGAUCCCGAGUCCAUGGAGGGCGAAACUUACAACAUGUGCCAUUUCUGGAGUAACUUUGAAAUUGCCAGACUUGACUGGUUCCGAAGCAAGGAGUACGAGGACUUCUUCCAGAUGAUGGAUCGCAGUGGAGGCUUCUGGAUGGAAAGAUGGGGUGAUGCACCUAUCCACUCGCUGGCAGCGGGUGUUCUCCUGUCUCCCUCGCAGAUCCACUACUUCCGCGACAUUGGCUACCGCCACACAACAAUCGCUCACUGUCCAGCAAACGCAAAGGCUCGCCAGGAACCUCGCCAACCUUACCUUGAGAUGACAACAACAGACGAAAAGAAGAGAAUUGAAGAAGAUGCAUACUGGGAGGAGUGGGAUGAAGAGAAGGAAAACGGUGUUGGCUGCAGAUGCAGAUGCGAUCCCGAGGUCCCAGAGGUCGAGCUCAAAGAAGGCAGUUGUCUACCCAACUGGGUAGAUGUGGCGGGAGGUUGGAUCACUCCCGGGCCGCCAGCAUGA